CUAUCUGAAUGGCACCUGAACAACCAGUUUAUUGCUGUUGAAAACUAUUUGUGGAGAGACCAGAGGAGAGGUCCUUGUCCCAGCUGCAGGAAAAACCUUAUUUAAGGGACCAAGAAAGAAGACAAAGAGGAGAAGGUGAGAUGGUCCCAGGAGGCUCUCCUUUCAGCAUAUGUCGUUUUCUGAGGCUUCUCUGUGCUGAGUGCUUCUGUGUCCCAUCUGCUACCACACCCUGAAAUCAAACUCGGCAGCUUAGGUGCACCAGGCACUGUACAAACAUGUCAGACUUGCCUCCACCCCUUUUUCUACUCCCGCUUUUUCCUGCCGUCUUUCUCUCUCAAGUUUAUCGGCGUGUCAGCGGAUUCUGGUGGCAGAGCAUUCCCACCUCACCUCUGGGCACAGAGCAAUGAGGAGUCAGGGGGAUGGUUCUGAACGGGAAGAAAAACCAGGAGCUGGAUUCCUUUGCGAAGGAGUUUUCUUCAUCUUUGCUCCUACAGCCCAGCAACACUGUCCUCCAAUCGGCUUUGCUGCAUGACAGUGGGAGAGUUUGCCUCCAGACCCUUCUUGCUCCUCUCCCUUGGAAUUGUCCACCACCAGCAUUGUUGCAACAGGACUGCCAGACACUAGUGCUUUAAUGCAUUUGGGGACAGAGCACUGAAAAACAGAAGAGAAAUUUGUGGCGUCAUGUUCCGCAAGAAGAAGAAGAAACGCCCGGAGAUCUCGGCUCCGCAGAACUUUGAGCACCGUGUCCACACCUCGUUUGACCCAAAGGAGGGCAAAUUUGUGGGCCUGCCCCCCCAAUGGCAGAACAUUCUGGACACGCUGAGGCGCCCCAAGCCAGUGGUAGAUCCUUCGAGGAUCACGAGGAUGCAGCUCCAGCCCAUGAAGACCGUGGUACGAGGCAGCACUGUGGAAGUGGAAGGCUACAUCUCGGGGCUGCUCAACGACAUCCAGAAGCUCUCUGCCAUCAGCUCGAACACCCUGAGGGGCAGGAGCCCCACCAGCAGGAGGAGAGCCCAGUCCCUGGGGCUCCUCGGGGAUGAGAGACCCCCCGACAUGUAUCUCCAGAGUCCUGAAGCAGACUGGGCAGACAAGUAUGGGAACUACCUCAGCUGCAAUGGUGGCUCCAAGGUGGCCCGGAGGCAGACCAUGUGGCCGGACUACAAAGCCCGGCUGGAAGGCCAGUCCCAUCCCAACGGGAUGGUGACAAAAGCGCAGUCCCUGGGCCCGGCGGAGUUCCAGGAUGCCGACGGCAGCUGCCUCCAGCGCACCCCUGCGCUGCAGCACGUGCCGGCUGUGCCGGGGGACAGCGACGCCGGGCCGAGGAGCCCGGAGGAGGGCUGGGCCCAGCGAGCAGCCGGCUCCAGGCCCUCGGGGGAGGGCAGCCCCAGCUCCAAAUCCCGGGAGAACAGCCUCAAGAGGAGGCUGUUGCGCAGCGUUUUCCCCUCAUCCAGCGCCUCAAACAAGCCGGGCUCUUCCCUGCAGAUCAAGCCUAACGCUUUCUUCAGGCCCCAGCAGUGGGGCUCCCCGCGCAGCCCUGCAGCCAAAGCCCAGUCUCUCCCGCCAGAUCCGCCCGCCUCCGAUUUCCCCAGGGGGGUCUCAGAAGCCGAGACCCCCCAGAAGUCCCCGCCAGUGGAGAAGGCGGCGGCAGUGCCCCUGAGCCGGCCCUCGCCAGCCGGGUCCCCCCGCAGCCGGCACACCCAGACCAGCUCCAGCAACCUCCACCUGCCCCCCGACUCCGCUGGGAAGGGGCAGCCGGCCGGCGAGGACCCCGUGGUGGUGACCCACGAGCAGUUCAAAGCUGCCCUGAGGAUGGUCGUGGACCAGGGGGAUCCGCGGGCCAUGCUGGAGAACUACAUCAAGAUCGGGGAGGGCUCCACGGGCAUCGUGUGCAUCGCGCGGGAGAAGCACUCGGGGCGCCAGGUGGCCGUGAAAAUGAUGGACCUGAGGAAGCAGCAGCGCCGGGAGCUCCUCUUCAACGAGGUGGUGAUAAUGAGGGACUAUCAGCACGUCAAUGUCGUGGAGAUGUACAAGAGCUACCUCGUGGGAGAGGAGCUCUGGGUGCUGAUGGAGUUCCUGCAGGGGGGAGCCCUCACAGACAUCGUGUCUCAAAUCAGGCUGAACGAGGAGCAGAUUGCCACGGUGUGUGAGUCGGUGCUGCAGGCUCUGUCCUACCUCCAUGCCCAGGGGGUCAUUCACCGGGACAUCAAGAGUGACUCCAUCCUUCUCACGCUGGAUGGCAGGGUCAAACUCUCAGAUUUUGGCUUCUGUGCUCAGAUCAGUAAAGAUGUACCCAAGAGAAAGUCCCUGGUGGGUACUCCCUACUGGAUGGCUCCAGAAGUCAUUGCCAGGAUACCAUACACCACCGAGGUGGAUAUCUGGUCCCUGGGGAUCAUGGUGAUAGAGAUGGUGGAUGGAGAACCCCCCUACUUUAGUGAUUCUCCAGUCCAGGCAAUGAAGAGACUCCGAGACAGUCCUCCUCCCAAACUGAAGAACUUCCACAGGACCUCCCCAGUUCUGAGAGACUUCUUGGAAAGGAUGUUGACACGGGAUCCGUUGGAAAGAGCAACAGCACAAGAACUUCUGGAUCAUCCCUUUUUGCUCCAGACAGGACUUCCAGAGUGUUUGGUGCCCCUUAUCCAACAGUACAGGAAGCGCACCUCCACCUGCUGACUCUGCCUGAGGGGAAAUUGUGGGGAAAAAGGAAUGUUUAUAAAAAAAAGAAAUCUAAAAAAUGAAGAGCCCAGAUGGUUUCAUCCUGUGAAUGGUGCUUGAAAAUUGUCAGCGAUGGUUUUCGAGGAUGAGUGUGAAUCCUGUCCGUGCAUUUGCAGCCUUCUGGGGCUUCUCCUUUGCUGAAGACAAUCAAUACAGACUAGAUCCAGGUGAGACCAAGGAUAAAGCGGGUAUUCCAUGCCUUGGGAAUCACUGCUGCCGGAGGAUGGCGUUUGAAGCGGAGUCUGAAGUUGUGUAUCUGAAUGUCUGUGAGUUUCUGCACACCUUGGCUGCUGACCACUGAACUGGAAUGAUGUUUCCCAGUUAGAAAUGUGAUCUUUGCUUCCUUCAUUCUACACUGGAGUCCUGUGCUGACUCAUUUUGGGGCACUGACCCCUUUAAACUGUCAAACGAUGCACAAAGACUUGAAUUUUUUUCCUCUGAGACUUUUUCACAGACGAUUUUAAUUUCCUUGGGUUAAAUGUGGACCUGGAAACCUGCCCACACUUCCCUCGGGAGUGAUGUGAUAUGUAUAUAUUUGUUUCUAAGUGGCUCUCUUGCAUCAACAGGCUUCUCUUUUGCUGCGGAAUGUGUAUGGUUUAGUGGUCAAUCUUGAAUCCAUUUCAUGAUUUUAAGCUUCUGGAAACCCUUGAACACAGGCCUCCAAGGGAACUCUGUGAAGACCAGGUGCUCCCACCACCAGGUCCUUGUGGUUGACAAUUCACCACGUGCAAGACCUCUGGUGCUGGCUGGGGUGUGAGCAGCCUGCUCCUGGGGCUGCUUUCCCAGCUCCUUCUCCCAGGAGAGGCUGAGAAAUGCUGCCCUGAGGCAGUUGUUGGGUGGCAUUUUGGGGAUGCUGUAGGAGACAGAAUGGAAAAGUUUGAGCUGUGCUGCACAUCCCAGGAUUGAUCUCUGUGUUCGUGGGAGGUGUUUGUCCAACCUCCAUCUCCCUGUGGCUGCUGCAGGAUGUGGGGAGACAUCUCUGCUGUCUGGCUGUUGGUCUGCCCUUCCCCACCAGCCCUUGGCAUCUGAAAGGUUUCUGGUUGUCUAAACAGCUCUUUGAGUUCUUUUAACAUAGUUUUAGGUAUUUUGUGUGCUACACUCUCUGGUCAGUGAGAUCCUCGAGGUAAUUGGACUCUAGGUCAGGAUUAACAUUGUACAGUGACGGUGUGUGUUGUUGUGAGGUCUCAAGAAUAUGCUUUUGCAUGUGGAACUGGGAUUUUGUUUUGAAACUCCACAUGCAAAUGUACUGGAAUUUAAGUUAUUCUCGGGACAGUCCUUCUGUGCCAGAAACUAACCUCAGAAUUGCAUUUUCUUCAGAAGAUGUUCAUAAUCUCUGUCCUCUGCUAUUUGCUCCAGUUACAGAUCCUGCUUCAAAAUUGAAGCCACAGUUGAUUACUUGAAGUAAUUUGGGAUGGAAUUGAUCUGCACUGAUGCCAUCACAGGGUGGGCACCCAGUCUGUGGAGUGUGUAGGUUGGCUCUGUAUCUGUGGGGAGGGAACACCUGUGGAGGGUGGCUCACCCCCUUGUCUCAGACACCUGCUGAAGGAUGAAAUCACUCUCUCCCUCACCUGUGGCAGGUAGAGGGGUCACAGGGGGUUUGCCUAGACUGGAUGUCUAAGUUUGGGGCUGAUGGAGUUGAUUGAAAUUAAUUCAUUUAGCUCCUCCUUAGCUGCACUGGAAAAUUUUUGACUUAAAAUGUUUAUGUAUUUCAGAUAUAUUAUUUUUUUUUUAUGCAAAAGAGCAGGGCUUGGAAAAGAUUUAUAAUUUGAAACAAACACUCCUGCUGGUCUGUAGUUGUGAAUCCUUUGCACUUGUGUUUUAAAUUAAAGUAGAUCUUGAUUUAUUCAUAA